AUGGCCGGGCAGGAGGAACCCGAGGUAACCCCCAUAUCUACGCCUUUGGACACUGACCGUCUUCAUGCUCUCUUUUCUGAGUAUGAAAAGCUUGUCAAUGGACAGGAGGCACCACGUGAACGCGAGGGCUCAUCAGAAGAUGACGAAUUUUCUUGUUCUGAUCAACCCGAAACACGUCAGAUUGGUAUUUCGCGCCUCACUAGGAACAUUGCCUGUGAGCAGCAACGAGGAAUCUCGAAGCGCAAGACCCAGCUGCAGACGAAGGCCACUUCAAGUAGGGCUUCGCGUAUGAAAGCUGCGCUGGCUAGCAGUGCUCAUGAAUACGAAUACAGGCACCUGGGAGAAGCACGUCGACUAUCAAAUGGAUCCAUUGAAGUUGAAGUGUUUUGGGUACCCACCUUCUUGCCUUGCAGCCAAUUGCGUGGAGAGCAGGCGAUUGAAGAGGCGAAAAACUUGGUGACCAGAAACUUUGGUCAUACCGCGUAG